AUUUAAAGAGACAGGCGGUGUAGUCUUCGUGCGCGGCCCGUGGCCUUGUGGGCUCUUGAUCUCGCGGCCGGUGCGGAGCGUCAGAGCCUGGACAGCCGAGAAGGCAGCUAUAUGACUUUGGCUUUCAAGAUCCUCUUCCAGAGAAACCUUUGUGCUCUUGGCAGAAAAGAACUGUGCCUAAUCCCAGAACAGAAUCACUGGGCUGCCAUAAGACAGUUCAGCCAGUGGUCAGCAACAAAUCUCCUUUGUGGGUGCUGCCGCCUCCAGAGAAGAAAGCCUGCCCUAUCUCCCCAGAGAGGUCAUCUAAGACCACGUGCCACUCAUCUCAUUUUCUGGCCAGGAUUGCAUGUGGAACUCUGUACUGGAGCCUGUGCGAUGGCGGAACAGCGGUUCUGUGUGGACUAUGCCAAGCGGGGCACAGCUGGCUGCAAGAAAUGCAAGGAGAAGAUUGUGAAGGGUGUAUGCCGCAUCGGCAAAGUGGUACCCAACCCCUUCUCAGAGUCCGGGGGUGAUAUGAAAGAGUGGUACCACAUUAAAUGCAUGUUUGAGAAGCUGGAACGCGCUCGGGCCACCACAAAAAAAAUUGAAGACCUCACAGAGCUUGAAGGCUGGGAAGAACUGGAAGAUAAUGAAAAGGAACAGAUAAGCCAGCUCAUUGCAGACCUGUCUUCUAAGGCAGCUGCUACACCUAAGAAGAAAGCUGCUGUCCAGGCUAAGCUGACAACCACUGGCCAGGUGACAUCUCCAGUGAAAGGUGCUUCGUUUAUCACCAGUACCAAUCCCCGGAAAUUCUCUGGCUUUUCAGCCGCCAAACCCAACAACUCUGAGCAAUCCCCCUCAAGCCCUGCUUCUAGGACGAGUCUGUCCGCAAGUAAAUGUGACCCUAAGCACAAAGAUUGUCUGCUACGAGAAUUCCGGAAGCUGUGUGCCAUGGUGGCUGAAAAUCCUAGCUAUAACACCAAGACUCAGAUCAUCCACGACUUCUUGCAGAAAGGCUCCACAGGAGAUGGCUUCCACGGUGAUGUGUACCUAACAGUGAAGCUGCUGCUGCCUGGGGUCAUCAAGAGUGUUUACAACUUAAAUGAUAAGCAGAUUGUGAAACUUUUUAGCCGAAUUUUUAACUGCAACCCAGAUGAUAUGGCCCGGGACCUAGAACAGGGUGACGUGUCAGAGACGAUCAGAGUCUUCUUUGAGCAGAGCAAGUCUUUUCCCCCAGCUGCCAAAAGCCUCCUCACCAUCCAGGAAGUGGAUGCAUUCCUCCUGCACCUCUCCAAGCUCACCAAAGAGGAUGAGCAGCAGCAGGCCCUGCAGGACAUCGCCUCCCGGUGUACAGCCAAUGACCUUAAGUGCAUUAUCCGGCUGAUCAAACACGAUCUGAAGAUGAACUCAGGUGCAAAACACGUGUUGGAUGCCCUUGACCCCAAUGCUUAUGAAGCCUUCAAAGCAUCACGCGACCUGCAGGAUGUGGUGGAGCGGGUCCUUCACAAUGAGCAGGAGGUGGAGAGGGACCCAGGCCGGCGACGGGCUCUCAGUGUCCAGGCCUCACUGAUGACACCUGUGCAGCCCAUGCUGGCUGAGGCCUGCAAGUCCAUUGAGUAUGCAAUGAAGAAAUGUCCCAAUGGCAUGUUCUCUGAGAUCAAGUAUGAUGGUGAGCGAGUCCAGGUGCAUAAGAAGGGGGACCACUUCAGCUACUUCAGCCGCAGUCUCAAGCCUGUCCUGCCUCACAAGGUGGCCCACUUCAAGGACUAUAUUCCAAAAGCUUUUCCUGGAGGUCAAAGCAUGAUCUUGGACUCUGAGGUGCUCCUGAUUGACAACAACACAGGAAAACCACUGCCCUUUGGGACUCUGGGAGUGCACAAGAAAGCUGCUUUCCAGGAUGCUAAUGUCUGCCUGUUUGUUUUUGAUUGUAUCUACUUUAAUGAUGUCAGCUUGAUGGACAGGCCUCUCUGUGAGCGACGGAAGUUUCUUCAUGACAACAUGGUUGAAAUCCGUAACCGGAUCAUGUUCUCAGAAAUGAAGCAAGUCACAAAAGCUUCAGACCUGGCUGACAUGAUAAACCGGGUGAUCCGAGAGGGCUUGGAAGGGUUGGUGCUGAAGGAUGUGAAGGGUACCUAUGAGCCUGGGAAGCGGCACUGGCUGAAAGUUAAGAAAGAUUAUUUGAACGAGGGGGCCAUGGCUGAUACAGCUGAUCUGGUGGUUCUUGGGGCCUUCUAUGGGCAAGGGAGCAAAGGUGGAAUGAUGUCCAUCUUCCUCAUGGGCUGCUAUGACCCUGACAGCCAGAAGUGGUGCACUGUCACAAAAUGUGCUGGAGGCCAUGAUGAUGCCACACUUGCCCGCCUGCAGAAAGAGCUAGAUAUGGUGAAGAUCAGCAAGGAUCCUAGCAAGAUACCCAGCUGGCUGAAGAUCAACAAGAUCUAUUACCCCGACUUUAUCGUCCCAGACCCAAAGAAAGCUGCUGUGUGGGAGAUCACAGGGGCAGAAUUCUCCAAAUCUGAGGCGCACACUGCUGAUGGGAUCUCCAUCCGAUUUCCUCGAUGCACCCGAAUCCGGGACGACAAGGACUGGAAAUCUGCCACUAACCUCCCCCAACUCAAGGAACUGUAUCAGCUGUCCAAAGACAAGGCAGACUUCGCUGUGGUGGCUGGAGAUGAGGGGAGCUCCACUACUGGAGGCAGCAGUGGCGAGAAUGAGGGCACUGCUGGGUCUUCUGUGCCCUGCAAGGGCCCCAAGGGCCCCCCCAGUAAGUCCUCUGCCAGUGCCAAGAAGACGGAACAGAAGCUGAGUAACAGCCCCAGUGGCAGAGGUGGCAACAAACUGAUUCCAAAGCCUUCCCCUAUGAAACCAGGAGAGAAACUGGCUGUGAAGUCGCCUCCAGUCCAAGUGGGAACGAAGAGGAAAGCUACUGAUGAGACCCCAUGCCUGACAAAGGUGCUGCUGGAUGUCUUCACUGGGGUGCGGCUCUACUUGCCACCUUCUACACCAGAUUUCAAACGGCUCAAACGCUACUUUGUGGCAUUCAACGGGGACCUGGUACAAGAAUUUGACAUGGCCUCAGCCACACAUGUGCUAGGUAACAGGGAAAAGAACAGUGAUGCCCAGUUGGUCUCCUCAGAGUGGAUUUGGGCAUGUAUCCGGAAGCGGAGGCUGAUAGCUCCCUGUUAGGACUUUGGGCUGUCCUCUCCUGCCCACUCUACCACCACGAGGCUCAGCCUGAAGGGUAGGGGCUUCUUCGUCCAGCGGUGUACCUUCUUGCACCCUCCGACUCGUCAUAGUCUCUUCUGCAUCAGGAGUUAGCUGCUGUGGACACAAGCAGGGUAACUGCAACUUUCAGGUCCAAGUGCUAGCUUUGUCUUGUUAGUUGUCUGAGGUGCUGAUAACCAACUUAGACCCUUAUUCAUGCUAUGCACAGCACUCUGCCACUGAACUAGUUUUAUAAAUAAGAAGUCUUAAGCUAGGCAUGAAGAAAUCACGGAGAUCAGAAGUUCAAGGCUAACCUGGGCUAAGAAUUUAAACAAGAAUAAGCAUCCUUUCCCCUACUGGUUCCACCUACAGUUUUCCUCAGUAACUAAGGAAUGAAGGCUGAGCAGAAUCUACUUCCUGUGCUCCUUCCUCACUUCUGUGUGCAUCUUAAAAGCUGUAUUUAACUUGUUCUCAAAUGCUUCUUGUAUGUGGCAAAGCCUUUAUUAUGCCUAGUUCAAACCCUCAUGUGAAACAACAAAGUGAUCUCCAAUGAUUAUAGUUUCCAGGUCUGCUGGAGGGAGAGGCUGACAUCUACAGGAAAGUGGCCUUCUUGGAGACAGAGGCUCCUUGAGGGUGAAUUUGCCUCCUCACAAUCUGAGUACUCUCAGGAGCACAGGUCCAUAGCUGGGAAAAUGUUUACACCCUGCUUACCAAGGCAGGCCCCUGUGCUGUGUGUGGCAGAUGCACUGAAAGGGUAAAGGAUGAUUUCUCUGUACAACUGCACACAAGGGAUAUUUUGCAACACUGGAAGUGUCCUAAAUUAGACUCAUCUGAUUACCAAGACCUUGAAAUGUGGCUAUCGUGACUGGGGAAAACCAUAAACAUUUCAAGACAACUUCAAAUGGUCUCAAGUUGCCAGUGACAUCACAUAUCAUCUGAGCAUCAGCUCAAGAGGAAUGGGCAGAAUCACUGUUGUUGAAUCACUGGGCAGCUGUCACUAACCUCAGACACCUUGUUUAAGGCAUGCAGCGCACACCCUGGUACAGACGUUAUUCAGAAGGAGGCCUACCUUACCACCAUUUGGGCCUACGCAUGGCUUCGCCAGGAACUUAGACUAGCCUCCUUGUCUAUGCAGUGCCGCCUCUUGAAGAUGAGCUCUUCUCACCAACUCAGCAGACUUAUCAUCCACCUCCUGUGAGCUAGGUUACUAUGAGGGAGCCUCUUAAACACUUAACUGAGUCUCAAAGAUACACACCCACUGCCCCAUGUAACUUCUGAAGUCAUGUCCCACUAGGAGGCUGCUUGUCUGGCUCUUGUGUCUCACCUGUUGAAGAUGUGAGUGUAGAUGCUCUGAUGAGGGCAGAGUAGACAACACUCAGUCUGUAAGUAAAACACUUCAGUCUCAAGGCAGAAGCUGCUUUGUGCUUUGAAUACUUGCCUUCCUUGGACCAAGCAGCUUGGUAGAGCAUCAAAGAGACUCUUCCCCAUCACACAGGGCCAAAAGUUCAGCCUGUUGUUCCUUUAAUGCCUUACCAUAGAUUUACUCCAACUCACUGUCAGGUCUUUGUACAUUUCCCUUGGCAGAGAGGCUAAACUGUAGACCUUUGUGUUUUUUCCUUUCUUUCCACACAACCCUAAGCACCAUCACCUGAGCCCUCCGAGGCUGGAAAGCUGCCCUCUGUGGCCUUUGUUUACAUGGUGACAGUUGAUGGCAGGCAUUGUUCAUUACUGGAUGCUCAGCAUGGCUGGUCAUCAGCAAGAGACAGGAGAAUCCUUUCAUCCAGUUCUCCCAGAGGUGAUCCACUCCCCUUCCCUCAGGCCCCUGGUCAGGUAGGUGGGCACAAGCCUAUGCUUACUCUGUAGUCUCUGCUCGUUAGGAUGGGCCAACCUUUGUGCCACACUUUCUCUGUAUCCAAGAGCUACCUGCUAUCAAUCUUUCAGGGUAAUUUGGAAACUUACUGCCUACCUAGCUGUCUUGAGUUUACUUUCCACCUAGCUCUUGAAGGCCCCUCUACAGUGGGACUGUAAGUAACUUUACAUGGUGCUUCGCAUUUGCUCUUGAGAAUCGUCCUUACACUCAGCUUCACUUCUACCUGUUCCACAAUUUCUCCAAUGGACUCCUGUGAUCUUGGGCAAAUCACACACAGCAGGGGUUCCUUGACCAAGACCAGGUGACCAAGCCCCUCAAGGGGGCUGAAGUCUGAAGAGCAGUGCUUCUGCAUGUGGCCUGAUGUUUGCAUACAUUUUAAGUUCCUCGGGGACCUCUGGCACUACCCCCACACCAGAUGGGACAGGCAUCUGUAUUUGAACUUUAUUACAAAAUUAUAAAGCAGAGCUCUGUAACAAAAAAAUACACAUUUGGGUAUGCUUUCUAACACCCAGGUGAGAAAUCUUACUGUAAGCCACUUGGAACUACACAUUUACAUCCAAGAGAUCUCAACAAAUUUGUACAACAUAGACUAUUAAUUUCUUUACAGCUUAUUAGUUUAGAACCGGCUAUUCCAACCUAUGAAAUACCGCCUUUGAAAACGAAGUCUCAACUGAAAUCUUGGCGCAAUCAGCAAAAUCCACAGAAUAAUUGGAAGGAUUAGGUGUUUCAACGUUAAGACCAAGGAUCCGUGAAGAACAAAAAAAGGGGCUCCGGGUAUUUAAAAAAAAAAAAAAAUCAGGUUUUCUACCUGAGAUGUUAACUAGAAUGGGUUCUAACUUUCAUUUGGUUUAACAGGUUUAACAAUAAAAAGGUUGUUUGA